CAACCACAUUGUCUUCGUCCCCCUCAUGCCUCGUCGCCUCGUUCGUUUGCGCGAUGCUUCUUCCGCUUGCUGGGCGGCCUAUUUGGAGACCCUAGCUCUGUCGAUGGGCGGAGACGCCGGAGUGCGAGCGAGCGUGAGGGAGCCAGCCAGGCCACGGAAGAGGGAGGGGGCCGGCGACGCCUCGAAUCCAUCUGACGAUGCCGCUGCUACCAGCUCGCCGCCGCCAACAACGACGGCAGCACUGCGCUCGCUGCCAUCAACCAAAGUAGCGGCCAUGCACUCUCAAAAGGGCGCCCUGUAAGGUACGGAUCGCACGAAAAAGGACCAAGAAAAAAGGGUGGUCGGUUGUCCAGCCUCCCUCAGCGGCCAACGAUCGGCUGUGGUGCAACGCGCAGAUGCAACCCCGCAAUAAGCCGCGCCGCUGCCCGUCUCCAUCUUCAGCACGUCCUCCCCGGCGUGUCUUGUACAGCACAGCACAGCACGCACGUACAAAGCCAUGUCUCGAUGGACAGGUCGUUCCCCCAAGCAUGCGUCGCAUAACCAACGUGGGCUCUGGCUCAGACACCCACUCAUCAGGCGUCGACAUGGCACGAUCGGCGGCUUCACGCCCGCCGAGCAUCAUGUCCGACGCGCGCCAUGAUUCGCCCCAAUGCGCGCCCGCCCGCGCGGGAGAGGGAGAGCCUCGAUAAGCGGCACCCAAAGACUCCCUAUGCCGCGCAGAGGGGCCUACUACUAAGUUAGUAGUCCGUGGGCGCUGCGAUAUCCACUCCUGGCGCCAACCCCCGGUGCGUCCUUGAGCUGCCAAUUCGUUGCUCGACCGACAAUGUUGAAUUAGGUCGGAUCAACGUUCGACAAGACGAGCGCAAGUGCGGCCCAUUCACGGCCUGUGGCUGGCCCCUCGCGGAGCAACAAGACGGUCAUAGACCCUGGUUCGUGCCAUGCACGCCUCGACGACUUGCUUGGGGGCUUGGCUGGCCCGUUCCCGGCCACUGACAGGCUGGCCUGCAGCCGUCUACGCGCCAUGCUGCGACCAUGUUUGGUCUCGCCUUCAAGGGUUGGCAUGGGCCGUCCGCCCGUCACACCACACCAUCUUUUCUGCGAGGCCCUGGCUUGGCCUGGUUCCCCCAUCUGGCCAUCCAUCCAUGCCAUCCAGCCAUGCCAUCCAUCAUCCAUGGAUGAUGCCCGCCGUCCGCCCAACCCUGCCUGGCCCGCCGACCGUGCUCCUGCUCCCCUGUCUGGUCCCCCAUAUCGCUGCCCGUUGCUGUGUCUCCCUGUCUGUCUGUCUGUCUGUCUGUCUGUCUGUGAGUCUGUGGCCUAGUUCCCUCGUGUCCGUCUGGAUCCCCGUCUUCGUCUUUCUCACUCCCGACGCGCGCCUCGCCUGCCUCCUCUCUCCUGUCGUCUUUCAUUCUCGUCCUCGUCCCCUUCCUUCGCUGUACUUCGUACACCACCACCUUCCUCACCUCUCUCUCACCUUUCUGUGUCACCCCGACGUCGCCCGCGGCUCCCCAAGGCGUCCUCUGGCAUAAGUCAACGGGUCGCGCAUAUUCCCAUUCCGCCUGCAUUUGCAUCUCGCCUGUGCAACCCCCAACCACGAGAAAGCCCCCAAGCGGCACGAAACAAGCGCCGACCCCGGCCCACUGCUCCUCCCCAUCGAGCCAUCACAGUCAGGACUUGUGCUCCUCUCCUGCGCCUCUUGGACCAUUCCUGCAAAAAGCACCAGGGCUCCCCGCCGGUAUUCCAUCAACCUACCUCCUCACCGCAAUACACAUCGCAACCGAGACAUACCUCGUCGGCGCCCUCGUCCUGCCCGCGUUUGUCCCACCCGAACUUGCCUACCGCCCGACCAGCGUGCGAUCGGCUUGCCUACCCCGCCGCCCAGUGUCCGCUCCGAUACGAGCCAUUGCGGCGCCCGAGACGGCCCCAGUCUGUGCGAGGGUAGCCGUGUCCGCUCGCGGACAAUAACUGACCUUCAUGUGAUGGGAUAGAGGUCGACGACAAAACCGCCACUUGCCGCUCGUUUUCCCGGUGCCUCUGCGCGAUAACACGCAACCCGGAGAGGAGAGGCUCGGCUUCAUCGACGCCGCCGUGGCACGGUGCGAGUGCCGUUCCACGGGGACUGUCAUCUCUGACCCUUCCAGUGGACGAAUUCCCGGGGGUCUACCCGAAGCAUCGUUCAGGUAGCAACGUGGAGGCUGGGAGCGCAUCCGCCACCCGACCUAGUAUUAAGCCGGCCAUGUCCACUUCAUCGUGGAAUCGCACGGCCAUGAGUUCCGGACGGUCGUCAACGGCCAGAGGCGCUCACCCUCAAGACGUGACGACCAUGCCGUCAGUCAAGGAUUUGAGACUCCUAGAUCCGUGUGCCGCCACGGCAUCCAUGCUUCUAUACGCUCAAGGUCCCUCGAUUGUAUGCUGUCACCACGAUUCACUCACUAUUGAGAGGAGAUUUUCGAGGCACGCCGAGGAAGUCCAACUACUCGCGGUAGACAACCAGAGCGAUAUUGGUGGGGGUAGGCUGGUAGUGAGCUAUGACGCCGGCCAGACUGCCAUUGUAUGGGACUUGAUGACCGGCGAUGAGGUUGCGCGCUUUGCCUCGUACGAGAACCUGACGGUGGCAGCAUGGAUGAGAAAUGGAAACGUAGCCUUUGGCAACGCGCAAGGAAGCAUCAUUCUGUUUGAACCAACAACUUCUGAGCACAUCUCGUCACGUACAAUCGACCAGAUUGCUGUCACAGCACUUGCGCCGUCAUCUGACUGUCGCACCUUUGCCAUCGGAUAUCAAAAUGGAUCGCUUCUGAUUGCUACCCUUCAGCCUCGCUUCACUAUUCUGCACAAUUUGACAACCUCCAGGGGCCCCUCGCCCAUAGUCACACUAGCAUGGCAUGCGUCCUCGUCGAAACAGAAGUCCGACAUGCUGGCGGUUCAGACUCAUGACGGCGACUUGAGGGUCUGGAGUGUGGCCAAGUCGUACAGCGCCGACGACCCAGCCAAGGUAGUCCGGAUACUCCGCCGGAGAGAAAGCUUUCUCGCUGGGCCAAAUUGGAUGGGUUGGUCAAAGAACGGACGCAUCAUUCAAUUCUCGGACUCCGAGACACUAUCAUGGGAUGUAAGGACAAAGCACGUCACCUUUGAUUCGAUACCCACGCUGGAGCACGUCAAAGGCCUGGCAGUCUACGGACCAGGCGCCACCCUGUUCACCAUAGGGCCCAACUGCACAGUCCAGCAGUUUGACCUCAACUCGCCUUCCAUCAUGGUGGCCAACGUCCAACACCCCGCAAACCUCCUGCCGCCCUCCCCACCCAACUCAAUCGAAGGCCCGGGGAUCAAGUCUGCCCACUCAGCCACCACCAUCAACACUUCCGACUCUGAUGCCACUUCCGCCCCCGUGGAGAUGAACAUCUCGGAGAGCGACGAAGACCACGCGUCGCCCUUUGCGCGGAUUGCGGCCAGGGGUGCUGACUCAGGAAACGAUCGGUCUUACGACUCAGCUAGCCCGGUCUCGAGCCGCAGUGGCUUGUCAUCACUUUCAAAGUCGUCGGCAGGCUCGCGGACGCCAGGUCGUCAUCAUGGCUCUCUAAGGUCGCGGGCCAUGACUGAGAACACGUACAUCUCGGCGGGGUCUUCGCUGAAGUCGUCUGUUAGCGGCAGGAGAGAGGCAGACACGUAUUCCAUGGGAUACUCUCUGCCGACGACCAGCGUGCCAUCGAUAGCGUCGUCAAGAUCCAGGCACAGGCCAUCUAGGUUGAGGCAUGAGAUCCCGCGGAGUCCUGAGGACAACAAAGUGCACGAUCUAUUCAAGUAUACGCGCGCACGACUCAGCGACAUCCCAUACAAGCACCCUCGAGGUGCCGACAACUCACGGCUUACCAAUGACGAUCUUCGGCGCCAGAUGCUGAGCACUAUUUUUGGAUGGAACAAGGAUGUGGAGGAUCUCAUCUUCGAUGAAAUGAACCGUCACCAGCCUGGAUCUGCCAGUCGCAUCUUGUUGGCCAAGUGGCUGGGCGACAUGGACGCCGACAUCAUGGCUGGUAGCUCAGCGAAUAUGUCCUCGUCAGAUUGGAUGUUGCUGGCGCUGAGUGGCAUUGGUGGCCAGCAGUCUCAGCAUAAGCUUGGCCGAGCCUUUGUUCAGAAGCUGCUUGAGAGUGGCGACGUCCACGUCGCCGUGACCAUUAUGUUGGGCAUGGGUGACCACAACGAUGCCAUCGAAGUCUACAUCUCGCACAAGAGGUAUAUGGAGGCACUGAUUCUGGCCAGUCUCACGUACCCAAGCGUCUGGGAGCGCCAGGCUGCCAUCAUCAGGAAAUGGGGUGAGUGGGCUGUACAGCACGGGCAACAGCAGCUUGCCAUCCGUUGCUUUGCUUGCACAGACCAGGAGUCCACGGAGCCCUGGACUUCGCCCUCGGCGGCGCAGCUCAACUUUCAGAGCAUCACCCCCAGUAUCCCAGAAGUGCUGAGUCCCCCGCUCUCUCCCCCUGGGGUCCAGCGCGGCCCGCAACGGAGCAUCGCCAAGACUUCGGCACUGAAGCUCAUCACCUCGUUCGGGGACCAGAGCCAGAAGUCAAAGUUUUAUUCUCAGGGCGAUGGGGGUCAGACACCAAUCGCCGCUGGGGUAACGCCCAUCGCCGAGUCAGCAAUCUCUCCGGGUGGCUCCUAUGACGCUGCAACUGCCUUUCUCCGGCCCUCCAAUAAUAGCAGGUUCAAUACACCCACGUCGGCACGCGCCGGAGGCUCUAGUCUGAGCCGAGGCAGGCUGCCGUCCAUCGGAGAAGUUCCUGCCGAUCUUAAUCGUGGCAUGAUCUCGGCGGCUACGGCUUCUCCCGCAGAGAACAUGGACGUGCGUCCCGGGCACAGCCGCAUGUCCUCGUCGGAACAAGAGAAUCUUGCCGCUGGAAUCGCGCUGCAGCGGGCCGCGACUGCCAGCCCCAUGAUGAUGCGUGACCGAUUCAACCGUGUCGUUGUUGGCAAUGCUGCUAAUACGGGCGAACGCCCGCCGUCUCCUAACCAGGACAUUAUCGCCAGGAUGCGACAGGCAACGUCAACCCGCCGCAACGGCUCUCGGGAUAGAAUUCCGCGGGGUGUCAACCUACAAGUGCACACUGAACAACCGAGCCUCGCGGAGGUAACAUCCCCGGAGCAAUCGGUCUCAUCUUCGACACGGUUCCACUGGCCUUCGAGGCGCCGGGGACCUGGUUCCGUUGCGAGCUCCAUCACGUCCACCUCAAGCGCCGGCCGCAGCCUACGGACCAACCCACGGCACCGGGACGACUACAUCCACAGCCUGGAGACGGCCCAGCAUUAUUCUACGAGGAAUCGAAGCCGCCACGGGAGCAAGGAACGUGCCCGCGACUCAUCGCGAGGCCGCCACGGCAGCAGGGAACGGCGUGCGAAGUCAAGGGAGGCAUCCGAGGAGCGGGGCCGGACAUCUGCGCGAAGCUGGACGAAGCCCAAGCGAUCUCCCACCUCACCAGUCCCCAUGUCACCGGAGGACUUGGCCAUUUUGACGACCAAUACGUACGUCGACGAAGCCGCGGAACCAAGCACGGUCAGAAAAGCGAGUGGGACGAAGUUCAAGAGCGGUAGUCGGACUUCCAGCCGUGGGAGCGGCCGCCGAAGUCCUGAUGGACGACCCCGUCCCGCAGCGUUGGACAUUCGAGGCAGGACAAACGAUCGGGAAGGCGCCCACCAACGCUCACCCUCGUCUCCCCUGCCACUGUCGGCGAGCGCCCUGCACUAUCAAGGGUCUGAGGAUGAAGAAGACUUGAACAAGGCCAUGCUUGCUCGGGAGACAUUCCGCGCCAAGCACAGCCGCAGCGGAAGCCGUACCGUCGGCUCCCCGCAGGUGCCCAAGAGAGAAAGGUCAGAGAGCCGUCGCAAAGAAGCCGCCGAAGCCCUCGACACACUGACAGCUCUCGUCUCCCACGGGCGGGCCACAUCGACAGAGCACGCAGGUGACCUCCGGCAGAUGAAGGAUGAGCGCCAGCGCAAGAAGGAGCAGGCUGCGCGAGAGCUCGAGGAGCGUCGGAAGUCGCUGGCCAAAAGACCGCAGGCACCUCAGAUUCCGCACCCUAACGAUUUCAUCCCGCCCGAGUCGAGGGUCGGGGUUGAAAUGUCGCAGACGAACGAGCAGGAUCUGCCGCCGCGAAGCGCAACGGAGCCGCCCAAGAGCAUGUAUGCUCGCAGCGGGCCUGCCAUCGGCCUGCCGGCAACGCCAAAGGCGAUGAGGCUCAUCCUCGAGGCCGAAAACAGCAAGAAGGUGGCCCAGGAUGCUCCAGAGAUGCCGCCGGUGCCCGUCACGUUUGCCCAGAGUCUCUCUCCCAACACCUCGCCCAAGAAGGAGGCGUCGUUAGAGCCAUUGACGCUUUUGCCCUCAACCGUGUAUCAGCCGCCCCAGCGCCCGAUGAUUCCUCGAAGCAUGUCGGCGCCGAUACCUGACGAGCCCGAUCACGCAAGGUACUCUCGCAAGGCCAGUGUCGGGGAAGUUCGAGGUAUCGACGAGGUGGUCGGAAGCGGCAGGCGCCGGUCUGGAGAAUACUCGGUUCCGCCGCCGCCGCCGCCGCCGCCUCUGCCAGCGGUACGCCCUAUGCUAAAGGAGCUCCAGCAUCUGGCUGUUCCUCCGCCGCCCCCUCCCGCGCCGCUGCCGCAUUCACGGCGUACUCCGAGCCAGGGAGCCAUCGGCUCUGGCAUGAUCGAGAUCGUAAUGGACGACGACGAAAACGCACCGGUGGCGGCAGCGCCGAAUGAUGGCAUGGUACCAGUGAUCCCGCCCCCCGCGCCUCCAUCAAGGGGCCACAACCGGGGCCGCAGUAUCGGCGACGGUGGAAGCAUAUCGGGACGCCUGUCCAAGGCCACGGAGCGGCUCAGGUCGGCAAGCCGCGGGCGCAAAGAUGCCGCUAGGACUGUCAGGUCGCCGUCGGUCGACCUCCCCAAGGAUGCAGGGCUGAUUCAUGCUAGCCAGGUGAGGUCGCCGGUCGCCGGGGUGCCGCCUCCGGUCAUGUACGACACGGAGCUGCUUCGUUCCCCUAUCGACGGAAAGAGCAAACACCUCUCCACUGGUCUGCACCGAAGCGAGAUGAUUUGAUGCGCAUGCUUUCGAGCCGAUCUUGUUUCAACCUUUACGCUCCUUUGGAUUUUUUUCUCCCCAACUUCAAUUCGUUCGACCACGGCGUGGCCCCCGACGCGGUCGCGAGCUGUUGCCAGCCUGCCAAGCAGAUACGCCAGGCUCAGAAAAGCAGACGUAGCAUCUAGACGCUUCAGCACCAGUUCUUGGAUUGACUUCUGACUGCUCCUUUUAUAUCAGCCUUACAUGUUGCGUUUUUGGGGGCAUUUUUGGGGUUUCUUUUCUGGUCGCACGCGCUGGCUGCAUCACGACGGGUGUGGUUCUGCAGGCGAAGCACAUUUGUAAUGGAGACCUUGCUGCAUGUACCAGCUUUCCAGUCUCCAUAUCUUAUGAUUGAUGACGAUUGGGCUCACGGGCGGGGAAAAGGCCACACGGGACGGGCAGCAGAGGUGAGGGUGUGUAUUCGUGUUCGCAGACGGGCGAGGAGCGGGCGAGGAGGCUUGCUUAUACAAUGCUGCCUCGCGGCACCAUGUUGCGGGAAGGGGAAGAGUGUAUCGAGCAGAUCAAGGGGACGUGACGGUGGUCGACGGGGUUAGUUCUGUGUGGCAUGCAAUAUGCAACGCAAGAAGCUUUUUUUGUUGGAUAGCAACGAGAUGUGUGUGGCACGUUUCAAGUGUGCUGUGCGCUGGUGAUUUGUGUGUGCAUGUAAGUGGCUGCGUGGUGACGAUGGAGUAGGUGACUGGAGGGGGGGUUCGAAACCUGGCACGGGUAAAGAGAACACGAUGAGGAAGACGUAUUGAAGAGACUGCGGGAAAGAAAGUCAGUGUGAGGAUUAAUCCACGUUGAUCUAUCGGAAC